AUGCUCACUGCUGCCGUUUCGUCAGGACUGAAACCACUCAAGAGGAAACUUCACUUCACUCUUGUGGAUUUGAAGGCUACUGUUUUUGCUCGUGAUUUGCUCAUCUUUCGUAUGCUAUUCGAUCUUCAGACCCAGGCCGCGAAACAAAGGGAGGAGACAAAUAUAGCGAUAUCCUACGUAUUCGCGGGACAGCCUAUGCCCUCAUGGGCAUCUGAUAUCCUCCACGGAGCCAUGGCAGCCGUCAUCGCCGAGCUGGAAGAUCUCUCCAGUAACGUGAUGGAGCCUGCCCGCCAAGACAUUGCCCGCGUGUUGAAGGAGUGGCAGCAGCCACCUGAGCCCUGA